AAGAACGAUAACUGCCGUGUUAAAACUCGGUAACUGGUUAAUUGCGAACGGAUAAAUAAAGAAAUUGUGAGUACGUUUCGCUUACUCUUAUAAAAAACAUAUAUUAUGGUAAUUAUAAACACAAAGGAAAAUAAAUAAAUAUGUUUAACUUGUUAUGUUGAUAUUUUAAAAUUGUUGAAAUACUAGGAAAGGCGACCGAGUUGAGUAAUGAAUGACAACUAAACUAGUACAAGAUGACUAGUACUAGUACUAGUAACUAGUACUAGUUGGUAGUCUUAGUAGUUAGUAGUCUAUUAGUAGUAGUAGUAGAAAGUAGUAGUAGCAAAAUACAUUAACGAUUAAUACAAUUCUAGUUGAAAUUGAGAUUUCAUCGAAUCUGUCAUAUUAUUAUGAUAAUUAGUUUGAAGGCUCACAACAACUUCUUUUCUAUUAUUUUAAGGUUUUUUUUUCCUUGGACUCGUUCACCAUGAAUGAUCCAUGCCGUUCACCAUGAUCCAUGCCGAUCCAUGGGCCAUAGUCAGACAGUCAUAGUAUAGCAUUACUCAUUACUUAACUUUUAAUCUUUUUUAAAUAAAUGAAGGCAGCGACUAUUCGGACUCUGUCUGGUCCCUUUAGACUUAAUGUAAUGGUUAUUCGGAUGUCAUUUGUGAUUUUGUGUUAGUUUAUUUUAGUUAAACUGAAGAAGUAACCUUACUAUAGUUUAUAGUCUAUAGUCCAUUCAAUUAUCUUUCAUUGGAUGCCAGAUUAAAUCUUACAAACUCAACAAUAAUAUUUUAAAUUAAAUGUUUUGUAAUAAACUCAACCUCUCACUCUUUUCCGGGUUCAAUUAGCCAUUUCUAUAAAUGAUUGUUAACUCCAGAUUAUUCUUGUGUAGAACUUGCACUUGCAAUUGCAAAGUAAAGCUAGGCUUCUGGCAUGUCUAACUAAGAAGAUUAAUCAGAUUAAACUAAUGUUAUAAUGGAGUAAUGCCUCAGAACCCAGCGUCCAGAGCUAAGACUUAUGGCUAGGGUUUAUGUAAAUUUAUGAACUUACAAUUAUUGUCUUGAUUAAUGAUUAGAAACUGGAGAAGGGUUACUGAGAGUCUGGCCUGUGACUUCAUUUCAACUGAUCUGCAGACGAGUGCCCUAAAAUAUAAAAUUAAAUUAUUUUUAAAGCAUCCUGACAAGUCUUAGGUGUAGCACUAAAAUAAAUAUCAACUCUACGUUUAUGAAAAACACCUAUGCUACCCUAUGUGAAAGUGGAUUCCGUCUUGCCAGUUGUUUUCAGGAUGUUCAACCGAAACUGAAAUCAUCUUACUGCAUCAUUCAUCAGUCAGAUCUGUUUUCAAAACUGAGCAUUGAAUUUACUAAAACUAGGGGAAUGGUCAUGCAACUUAUAAAUUUCAGAAGCAAUUUUAUUCACCAUUGCAGCAUCAUUAGUUAAAGUCUUGACAAUUUUUAGAAAAAGAGAUCACAGACUAACACCUGGAACAUUCAAUAAGUUUCUUUGAUGUUGUACUCACUAAACUACUGGACAAUUUUGAGUAGCAAAUGUCAGAUUCAUUUCUCACUCUGACAAUGGUCAGCAACCAAAUUAAAAGAAUAAGAAUUCUGCUUUUCUUUUAAUAAAAUUAAUGAACUAAAAUUAUUGAUUUUAGUACUAAAAUUAAGUUAACGUUCACUUUUAUCCACUAGCUGUAACAAGAAAAUAAAAUAUAUUUAUGAUAAAAUGACUUAUGAUGGAUGAUAAAGUAGGUGAUACGCUAUGUAGGCAAUGUGGUAUUGCACUGGGCAUUAGGUCUGGCCCUAUCGGUUGUGUCUGAAAUCAAAAUAUGACAUACAGACCAAAAAGUUUGAGUGCCUAUAAUUCUAAACUAGAAUAACUGACUGAGUACUAUGAAUGAUGCAUGAGCAAAGGUUUACAUUUAUUUAGUUAAUAACUUGAGUAAUCAGUAAUGACCAAGCACAUGAUUGUCACAGUAUUUUUAAUCUGCUUAGUUCUAGUUGCAAACAGAAAUUAGGUGAUAUGCUCCUAUGUAAUUUUUGAGGUUUUUUUAUUAAUAAUAAUUGGUUGAAUAGGACUUCUCAGUAUCUUACACACAUGGCUUCAACUAUAUCCAUAAAAGAUGGAUUGACGUUUUCUCGUUAUAUAUUCUUUAUCAAUAUAACAUGAAUGCUAUGUAUGGCUAUUAAGAAUUCAAUUAAAAAGGUUUCAUGUUUAAAACAUACUCCUUCAUUUGUUACUAAAUCAUAAAUUAUAAUUUGGACUUCAACUUUCCCAUUACAACUCUAAAACCUCAGUUCUGAGUUUUUGCAUAGGCUCCAUGUUUAUAAUAAUUCUUUUUAAUUCAGAAAAGCAUGUCGAGUGAAAAGGGUUCAAACCCUAUAGAGCCAUUUCUGCUGUUAUUGAAAGAUGCCAAACAUGCUGGUGCUGCCAGUAUUGUCACACAGGCUAUGAGUGCACCUAAUGUGUAUGUGUUCGGGGAAAUCUUACAUUUACCAAAUGUUCAAGAGGUGAGUAUUUAAUAUGGAAUAACUGAGAGAUUUCCAGAGUUGAGCUGUUCACUUAUAGCUUCGGUUUCCUAUAGGCAUGGCUCUAUUGCAAACUAUUAGUUUUAAAUGGGACAAAAAAAGCUGCUUUACCUCACCUUUGCUCAAUUUUUCCACUUUGGCUCAAUUUCUCCAGCAUAGCUCAAUUUCUCCACCUUGGCUCAAUUUCUCCAUCUUGGCUCAAUUUCUCCAUCUUGGCUCAAUUUCUCCACCUUUGCUUAAUUUCUCCAACUUGGCUCAAUUUCUCUCUGACUCCACAUUACCUACUGAUGCAUAAUUUUUGUCUUUCUUCAAACAAUUGAGGGUAGCCACCAACUUACUUUAAUUGAUAACAGGGAAGUAUAAUUUUUACAAGAUAUUUAAGAUUUAAAGUUAAGACAAUAUUCUUUAAAAAUCUCCUGAUCUGAAAAUUAACAUUUACAAUGUAAUCAAAACAAAUGUCCUUUUCUUUCAUCAGUUAUAGUAUCUUAUUUUAAAUUAAUUUUUCAGCUUGCCACUGGCCCUCAUGCCUCAACUUUUCAACUACUAAAUGUGUUUGCUUAUGGCACUUAUAAAGACUACAAAGGUAUCUGUUUUGCGUAUACAUUUUAAUAGCGGUCAAUUAUUACUUUUAUACAAUUACAGAAUUACUGCUAUACAAAUAAAUCAAACAACAAGUUACUAUUCUCUGAAUUAUAAAACGCAUGCUAAAAGAUAUGUUUGUGGAUCAUUAUUUGAGACCAGGAGCCAAUCUCUUGUAGUUAUACUUUUUCAAUUUCCCUUUGCUCCUAACAGCCAGUACAGCCCAACUGCCAGACCUAACACAAGCCCAACUAACAAAAUUACGACAUCUAACAGUUGUAUCUCUAGCAACAAGGAGUAAGGUGAGUUUAAAAGACUGCAAAAUUUCAUCUAAUUAUAAAAUUAUGUUACAAUAUCUACACAUUGUCUAAAUUUCAAAGUGAAUUUAAUACCUCCAUUUCUUGCUUCACCAUAUUACAACCAAGUCUAAAAAUAUUUUUUCACUAUUUCUGUACUUAAAACAAAAGUCUUAUGUAGUAGUUUUAUUUAUGCUCUAAACUUUAAACUUUUUCUUUCAUAUUUCAGUGCAUUCCAUAUUCUGUUUUACUUGAAGAACUUGCCAUGGAAAAUGUUAGAAAUCUUGAGGUGAAUAUUAAUUUCCCUUGUUUUUUUGUUUUUUUAAUCUAUCUGAAGUAGUUUAGUUAUUUAUUUAUUUUUAUCAGCCUACUAUAGAUUGACACGUCUACUGAUGCUUUGAUGUUUGAGUUUAUUUUUACUGAAUUUUUUUUUCCUGCUCCCCAUGAAUAGUUGCGUUUUUUGGCCGUGAUAAGUCCAUUCCGCUCGACUUUUCACUCAUAUCUGAGGAUACCAAGUGGUAGGAGUUCAAAUCCAUCCAGGGUUAUCCUCAAGCUCCUACCCCUUGGUCAUGCUAAAAGAAAAUGCUACAUUUCUCUCACACUUACAGCCAACACAUUUGGCUUUGAUUUCUUGAAAGGGAUUUACUAGCAACAUUCCUAGUUGAAUAUUAAUUUAGGGAGGAAUUUGUAAGAUUAGUAUAGGACUUAUUAUUUUAUUUCCAAACUAUAUUAACUGUGACAAAAUUAGCUAUUUAUUUUGAAUGAUGUUUUUUUAAAGGGCAAAGCAAAAUGUAGAUAAAAACCUUUCUAAUUUACUGUUUCUAUGUACUGCCGAGCCCUACCUUUCCAAAACUUAUUAUCCUAAACUUUGUUUAUCUGAACAGCUUGUGUCUUGUUUAUUAAUGUUAGCAUCAUUAUGAUAGGCAAUGCACAUGGCAUUUAACAUUUGUGUACAAACACUGGAAAACAAAUCCAACCUUUGUAGGAAAAUCCAGGUAAGCUCUAGAUGUGUAGGGUACAUGCAGUGAAAAGAGGGGGCUUGUGCGAUUUGCAGACACAGCCCCUCAUCUUUUAAUAAAAAAUAAAUCAUAGAAUACACACAUGCAGAAACAAAAUGAGUUCCGAUUUUAUUCUAAACACUAGUCAUCUACUUUUGGAAAUUAACCCCCCUUUGUAGAAAAUUGGUGUUGGAAGUACUGGAUAAGUUCUGAGUUGGAAGUACUGGAAAAGUUCUGAGUUGGAAGUACUGGAUAAUUUCUGAGUUGGGAGUACUGGAUAAGUUCUUGUUUGGCAGAUAUGGUAUUCUCAAAGUAAAUAUUUACAGGAUCUGAUAAUUGAAGUGAUCUAUGCUGACAUCAUUCAUGGCAAACUGGACCAGAAAAACCAAACACUUGAAGUGGACUAUGCCAUAGGUAGAGACAUUCAUGAUAAUGCAAUGACAGAAGUUGUCAAUGUCUUGCAGCAAUGGUAAGUGGAAUCUUUUUGUACUACCCUAAACUUAAGCCAGUGCUGGUAGCAAAAACAAUAUAAAUGUUAAUGUAAUGCCACUAUUCCAUUGAUAGCUACUUUUCAAAAUAAUAGACAUUAUUGGCUGUAAAAACCUGCCAUUUGAUUUAUUUGAUAGAUUUAAUAUAUCCUUGAGAUCAUGGUUUAAUUUUAACUAAACAAAUGACUGAUGUACCCCCAUAAUGAAAGCUACAGUAGCCUACACGUUCUGUUCACAAUAUCUUCGCCUUGUGUUGGACAGAGACCAUGUUUGUUUAAUAUGCUUUUUUAAAAAAUUUUCUGGGUAAAAGAAUGAGCAUGAGUAAAUUUUAAAAAAAAUAUAGUUUUAAUUUUAAUGAGCUUGAUUUUAAUAUUGAUUGUUACAUUAACAUUAACACUUCCAUAUUUUUAAAAAAAAUUAAUUUAAGCUUUUACAAGAGAAGUCUUAUAAAAAUCCUUUCAUUUUACUUUAUUAUUAUUGUCUUAAUAUUAUUCUUUGUUAUUUGGGUCCAGGGUUCCAUGAUGGCUAAGAUCCAACACCACCCCCCACCCCUUUUCCCCCACCCCUUUUCCUCCCCCCCCUCUUCCCCCCCCCAUAUGCAAAGAUGUAAACAAAAUUCCUAUCUCACACAAUGGCAAUUAAUUACAUUAUAUAGAAAAUCUCUUGAAAGAUCCCCCCCCCCCCUUUCGUGCCUGUGUGUAGUUGGUUGACCUCAUGCAAUGGAUAUGUGUAUUUCUUGUCAAAUCUUGAUAUGUGGUUUUUUCAAAUACACUGUAUCCCCCACAUGACAGGUGUAAUGGCUGUGAAGGUGUACUGAGGAGUAUUGAGGAACAAAUCAACAGAGCCAAUACUUUUAAAGAGAAACAAAAUCAACAACGUGCAUCUUUGGAAGAUGAGGUCAGUUCUUUUUUUUUUUUUUUUAAAUUAAGAGAAGAGAUCGUGCUUUCGCCACAAUUAAUAUUUAUUUAAUGGUUAAUUUAACUGCACAUUCCUCAUUCACUAAGCAGCACCUGUGGGUUUUCCAAUCCUGCAUUCACCUUCCUAACCAGCCUAAUACCUUUUUUUGUUUUUUUGGAUGCAUUGAUCUCUUUCAGAAAGAUAGUAGAAGCUAACUACCAUUGAUAUGGCUAUUCUUGUUUCCAUCUUCCUUCAUUUUUAAGUAACAAGCCUUACUUUUUAAAGACUUGUAAUUUGUUUUUACAAGACCACUUGAAUAGAGACAUUUAAUAAUUGAUACUCUCAUUAAAUAUCUUUUGAAGUUGAUAACUCGAAAGGACUUAUAAAUGUACGUUUUGCCCAAAAUGUUACACGGUAUGAAUAAUUAACAAAAUAAACCCAACCCAGCAAUAUUUUUAUAGAUCACAACAGCCUUUUAUAAAUAUCAGAAUUUAGAAGUAUUAAAGUAGAAAGUUUAGAAAGUAACAACUGUUUCCAAUGUUUUGAUAAGCAGCAAUAUAACAAAUUUUCUAAGAAUAUUAUUCCACACUCUGUUUUAUACUUCACUGGUCCACUUAGCACUUAUUGUAAACAACUGGCUCUCUUUCCUUCUAUACCCAGGUGAUCAACAUCAAGAAGACCAUAAAGACCAGCCAACAACAGGACUUGGAUGAGGCCAUGGUAACAGACAGCCGCAGUGACCUGGCCCUUGCAGCAGACAAGGCCACAAAGAAGGCCCCAAAGGCCAAGGGGUGAGUCAUUUUGUUUGAUGCCUAACUCUGCACUAGACAUUGAUAUUAUAUUUGGGGUUUUUUUAGUGCAAGAAUUUUUUGUUGUUGCAAAUAUUAGCAACAUUUUAAGACUUGAACAAUGUACGGACUUGUAAAUCAUACAUUUGGUUGUUAAGAACUGAUACUUUAAAGUUCAUGUAUUUAGUUGUCCCAUUGUUUGACCUGGUUGCUAGAUGAUUAUUAUGUUAAGAACUGAUACUUUAAUGUUCAUGUAUUUAGUUGUCCCAUUGUUUGACCUAGUUGCUAGAUGAUUAUUAUACAUAUUAAAUUCCAAAAUUAUUUUCUUUGAUUGAAGCUGAUCAUGUUCUUUUUUUUGAGAAGAACUAAAGAAAAUGAUCAAUUUGAUUAAAAUUCUAUUGAUACGGUAAGAUAAGAAACAUUUUAAAAGUUUAGGGGGGGGGGGGGAAUACCUCAAUUAAAGAAACAUUUUAAAAGUUUAGGGGGGGGGGGGAAUACCUCAAUUAAAGAGUGUGAGCAAUGCUGCCAUGACAGUUGAUCCUUCGUUACAGAAUUUAUUUGUCAACGCAGCACAAUCUGGCAAAAUACAUGCCCAAAAAAAUGCAAUGGACAUUUAAUAUGUUAAUAAAAAUCUUCACUUUAAAAUUGUACCUCACUUGCAGCAAACAAAAUAAAAGUUGGUUUUUUGGUCAUGCAUUCCAGAUUGAGAGGAAGUAACCCUGGGAAGUUGUGGAAGUGAUCAUGUUCAAUACUUUCAGUAGUAAAAAAAGAUUGCUUGGUCUUUGGUUGCCUGCUCCUGUCCUACAACAAGAUGGUGGAACGUCAGGUUUUGUAAAAGUGUGAACGUUUGAGGAUAUUUUAAUUAAAUGUUUGAGACGUUUGUUAAACUGUUGUUUUGCAUGAUUAGAGUUGCGUCAGAAAUUAUUUUUGCUCCAAGGAAUUGAUUUGAGAACAGGGGUGUUCAGUUAAAUUUGUUAAAAUUGUUUUCUGUAUGUAAUUACCACAAGUUGAUCUGUUAUGGUCAUUAUUUAACGCUUUUUUUCAUAGCUUAAACUUUGAGUGGAUGAAUACAAAUGUAUAGAAUUAAUUUGAAGACAACGUGUGAUAAAGUUAAGAAUGCAAGUGUGUGGGGUAAGGGUACAUACGAUUAAAUAUGAAUUAUAAGAUUGUAGAAUCAUGCAUUCAGAAAAAAUAUAUGUAUUCUCAUUGCUGUAUUUGAAGUUGAUAUUUUAAAAACCCUACUUCAAUAUAGCUAAUGAUCUACUCUGUCCGUCAAUGACUUUUCUGUAAGUUUGAUUAAAACCCCUGGGAUUACUGCUAUAGAAAAAAAUCAAACAACAAAUUACUAUUCUCUGAAUUAUAAAAUGAAUGCUAAACGAUAUGUUUGUGGAUCAUUAUUUGAGACGUGGAGCCAAUCUCUUGUUGUUAUACUUUUUCAAUCAUUACACUCAUCAGUCAGAAAACUGAGGUGGUAAAAGUGAAAAACCUUUGUCUUUUCUUUAAUUUAAACAGGGUGUUUAACUGUUCUAGACAAAUUUACAUUAGUUUUGAAAAUUUUCACUGUAUUCUUUUUAUUCUUUGCAAAAUAAAAUAAUUUUUUUUUAAAUUAAGGAUCAAAUUGUCAACUUCAAAAUGUUCAUAAUUUAUGUUCACCUAUGCUGGGCUCACUGUAGUAGUCACUUAAAUACAAGGAAUAAGAAUAAGGACAAAAGAUGUAGACAUAUUAUGGUUCAUUGACUUUAUGAGAGAAGAAGGGACAAACGAAGACAUUAACAUGUAUAGAAAAAUGAAGCGUUACAAAUUUUAAUCUGAUUAAUGAUGAAAGCUCCAGCCUUGUAUUUGAUGUACAAUCCAUAGAAACUUGUGUACAAAUAAAAUGUUCAAUUUCUGAAUUCAGCCUACUUUGGUUUGUUGUUUUUAUCAGUUUUCUCCCAUUGGAAGAGUUACUUCCCC